AUGGGAAUGCAGGAUGCGGGUUCAUUUUCGCAUGACGCCGACCACUGCGAAGAGCUGUACCCCCGCCAGCCCACGUAUAGUCACAUAAUGAAUUCCUGGGGCCCCUCAGCGAUGAUCCGGGUCGCGCCUCCUGGAGCCUCAAGACAGUGGGAGGAAGCAGAGACCACAGGGGAUCGGCACAUGUAUGAAGAGCUGGCUGGAAGAGGGGAAAUGAGCUGGAGAUGCGGCGAAGCUGGCGCAGUGCCUCACAUGCUGACCGAAGCAAACAACUGGACCACUGAGGGACCAGUGGACCCUGCGCAGGAGGCUGCGGCGGCCCAACACCCCAUCUUGCUGCGUCAGCAGCAGAAGCGUGGAGAGUGGGUAUGGAGCAGUGACAACACGUCGAGAACGGCUCCGUCGCUCGCGAAGGAGUUCAAUGGCGUUGGUGCGCCAGACGCUCUCUCGUUGUUGAACCACUUGCAGGGAGAGGUGUACCAGCUGAAGCUGCAGCAACAACUGCAGCAGGAACAGCAGAAACACUGGCAGCUGCAGCAGCAGCUUCUCCGGCAGCAGGGGCAGCCAGCGGCGCGUUUUCGGAGGAAGUCACCUCACGGGUAUCUGGCCGAUGAAGGGCGCCGAUCUAUUGUAGCCCCCCUAGUAGACAGACAAGAAAGAGCUCCUAGAGGGGGCUGCAUCUGCAACUGUUUCGAAUAG